ACUAGCUCUGUAACCCAACUGAAACUCAACGCAGCCUCUUUAUCCUACUCGUUUCCACCCAUUUGCUCUGGUAAAGCCGUAACUCCAGCAAAGAUUCUUCGAUCUCGAGAGCCUGCCCGUAGGCUCAACGCCAUCUUCCUCAGCAGACUCAGUUUCCAUCAGUUUCACGAGAUGGCGACAGAGGGAGGCAAGAGUUAUGCAAGGAGAGACAAGCUACUGGAAAUCGAGUCAAAGGUUAGAGUUUGGUGGGAAGAAAACGAUGUGUUUAAGGCAGAACCUGGUGAAAAACCACCUCAACCAGGUGAAAAAUUCUUUGGGAACUUUCCUUUUCCGUAUAUGAAUGGUUUUUUACAUCUGGGUCAUGCCUUUUCACUUUCGAAGCUAGAAUUUGCUGCUGCUUACCAUAGAUUAAGAGGUGCCAAUGUGUUAUUACCUUUUGCUUUUCACUGUACUGGUAUGCCAAUCAAGGCUUCUGCUGAUAAACUUGCUAGAGAAAUCCAAAAAUUUGGUGAUCCACCCAUUUUUCCUCAUGAGGUAGUAGAUGAGGAACCAAAUCCGGAAGAAGAAUCUGACGGAAAUGAAGGUGCCAAUGUGGUCCCCGAUAAGUUUAAAGGAAAAAAGUCUAAGGUGGCAUCUAAAUCUAGUGGGCAGAUGUUUCAGUGGGAAAUUAUGAGGAGUUUUGGACUUUCAGAUAGUGAGAUAUCAAAGUUUCAGAACCCAUAUGAAUGGUUGAAAUUCUUUCCACCAUUGGCUGUUCAAGACCUUAAAGCAUUUGGAUUAGGUUGUGAUUGGAGAAGGUCCUUUGUGACUACGGAUAUGAAUCCAUUUUUUGAUUCUUUUGUUAAGUGGCAGAUGAGGAAGUUGAGAUCGAUGGGUAAGAUUGUUAAAGAUGUAAGGUAUACUAUAUAUUCUCCCUUGGAUGGUCAGCCAUGUGCUGAUCAUGAUAGGGCGAGUGGUGAAGGGGUUCAGCCGCAAGAGUAUACUAUUAUUAAAAUGGAAGUGGUGCCACCAUUUCCAGCUAAAAUGCGUGUCUUGGAAGGGAAAAAAGUGUUUUUGGGUGCUGCAACAUUGAGGCCUGAGACAAUGUAUGGGCAAACAAAUUGUUGGGUAUUGCCUGAUGGGAAAUAUGGAGCGUUUGAAAUCAAUGAUACUGAGGUAUUUAUUCUGACAGAGAGAGCAGCACUCAACCUUGCAUAUCAGAAGCUCUCUCGUGUCCCUGAGAAACCUACAUGCUUGGUUGAGCUGACUGGUUAUGAUCUGAUUGGUCUUCCUGUAAAGUCUCCUCUCUCAUUUAAUGAGAUCAUAUAUGCUCUUCCAAUGUUGACCAUUCUAACAGACAAAGGCACUGGAAUUGUGACCAGUGUUCCUAGUGAUGCUCCUGAUGAUUAUAUGGCCUUACAUGAUUUGAAAGCAAAACCUGCUUUUCGGGCAAAGUUUUGUGUGAAGGAUGAGUGGGUAUUGCCAUUUGAGAUCGUACCCAUCAUUGACAUUCUGGAAUUUGGAGACAGAGCAGCUGAAAAGGUUUGUGUGGACCUGAAAAUUAAAAGUCAGAAUGAGAAAGACAAGCUUGCUGAGGCAAAGAGGUUGGUGUACUUGAGAGGGUUUACAGAGGGAACAAUGAUUGUUGGAGAAUAUGCAGGAACAAGAGUCCAGGAAGCUAAGCCACUGAUAAGAACCAAACUGGUUGAAACAGGCCAGGCAAUAAUUUAUAGUGAGCCUGAGAAGAAGGUCAUGUCAAGGUCUGGUGAUGAAUGCGUUGUGGCUCUUACAGAUCAAUGGUACAUCACAUAUGGGGAACCAGAAUGGAAGAAAUUGGCUGAGGAGUGCUUAUCCAACAUGAAUCUGUACUCUGAUGAGACACGACAUGGCUUUGAACAUACUUUAGGUUGGCUUAAUCAGUGGGCUUGCUCACGAUCCUUUGGGCUUGGGACUCGCAUUCCAUGGGAUGAGGAAUUCCUUGUUGAGUCAUUAUCUGACUCAACCAUUUACAUGGCUUAUUAUACAGUUGCUCAUCUUUUACAAAAUGGGGACAUGUAUGGAAAAAGCUCUGAUCUGGUUAAACCUGCCCAGAUGACUGAUGAGGUCUGGGAAUUUCUCUUCUGUGGUGGUCAUUUUCCCAAAUCUUCUGAUAUUCCGUUCUCUAUUCUUAAUAAGAUGAAGCAGGAGUUUGAAUACUGGUAUCCAUUUGAUCUUAGAGUCUCUGGUAAAGACCUUAUCCAGAAUCAUUUGACAUUUUGCAUCUACAACCACAUCGCAAUCAUGUCCAAGGAUCACUGGCCUCGUGGAUUCAGGUGCAACGGACAUAUUAUGCUCAAUUCGGAGAAGAUGUCCAAGUCUACUGGAAAUUUCAGGACAUUGCACCAGGCAAUUGAGGAAUUCUCUGCUGAUGCUACACGAUUCUCUCUGGCUGAUGCAGGGGAUGGUGUAGAUGAUGCAAACUUUGUGUUUGAGACGGCCAAUGCUGCAAUCUUACGGCUCACAAAAGAGAUUGCAUGGAUGGAAGAGAUUGUGGCUGCAGAAUCAUCUUUGAGGACCGGUCCCCCAUCUACCUAUGCUGAUCGAGUGUUUGAAAAUGAGAUAAACAUCGCUGUCAAAAUGACUGAGCAGAGUUAUCGGGAUUGCAUGUUUCGGGAAGCACUGAAAACUGGGUUUUAUGAUCUUCAGGCUGCCAGGGAUGAGUAUAGGUUCUCUUGUGGCAGUGGUGGCAUGAACCGUGACCUUUUAUGGCGCUUUAUGGAUGUGCAGACUAGGCUUAUCACUCCAAUCUGCCCUCACUAUGCGGAGUUUGUUUGGAGAGAGCUUUUGAAAAAGGAUGGUUUUGUGGUGAAAGCAGGCUGGCCCACAGCUGAUUCUCCAGAUCUAAAACUCAAGAGUGCCAAUAAGUAUUUGCAAGAUUCCAUUGUGUCGAUGAGAAAGCUACUCCAGAAGCAGAUUUCAGGCUCAAAGAACACUAAGAAUAAGAAAGGGGCUCCAGUUACAUCACUAACUGAGGACAAGUUAAAAGGCCUAAUCAUUGUGAAUGAGCAAUUUGAUGGAUGGCAAGCAGAGUGCUUACGGAUCCUCCAAAGUAAGUUUGACAAUAAGACCUGUACAUUUUUUGCAUCAGAUGGGGAGAUAAUGAAUGCAUUGCGGCAGAGCACUGUUGGUCAGGCAGCAGACUUUAAACAGGUCCAGAAUCGUUGUAUGCCAUUCGUGAGGUUCAAGAAGGGUGAGGCUAUUAAAAUUGGUGCCCAAGCCCUGGAUUUGAAGCUGCCCUUUGGAGAGAUUGAGGUCCUUCAGGAGAACUUAGACUUGAUCAAGAGACAACUCGCUCUUGAAGAGGUAGAAGUAUUGUCGGCCUCUGACCCUGAUGCUUAUGUGCAAGCUGGUUCCUUUGCGUCCCUGCUAAAACAGAAUCCUCCGUCCCCUGGAAAUCCAACUGCCAUCUUUAUGUCAAGGUAAACAAAUAUGUUCCAGAAAUAUUGCAUCAAGAUGCUGUUGUGAGAGGGGAUUUUUCAGUCAGAAUUUUGUCAUUGAAGCAGAAACGUAUUCCAGCUACCUGGAUCAGAUAUUUUGAAUUUGCCCUAGGUUGUAAUUCCAGUUCUAUAUAUCUGCUUUACUGAACUAUGUGUUUUUCCUAUUUUGUUCUGCUUUUAAAAUUAAAGAAUUUUGUCUUGUUUUUCCUUUUUUA